CGUUAGAAUUCCUUGGUGAUGAAAUUUUGUUCCGAGUUUUACCGUCUGUCAUUAGAUUUACGCAGAUAUUGGAAACGACCACUGCUCGUCGCAGGAGUACGAACCGCACUGGCCAAUGUCGUGAGCGAUGUUUACGCCGUGGGCGCGCUGGCAAUCGACGAGAUCAAGCUGGUGUGUUCGGCCCCGACGGAGUUUUCGGAGGCGGAGCGGGACAUUGUGGUCCCGAUGAUCAUUCGAGGGUUUCAGGAAGCGGCGGCCGAGGCUAAGUGUCCGGCCAAGAUCGGCAGCAUCGCGUUGAAUCCGUGGUGCAUAAUUGGGGGCAUUGCGACGGCCGUUUGUCACAAAUCCGAGCUCAUCAUGCCGUACACCGCCCAGCCGGGAGACGCCCUGGUCCUUACGAAACCGCUGGGGACCCAGCUGGCCACGAACGCCUUCAUCUGGAUGACCGAGGAGGCAGAAAACUGGACCAAACUCGCGGCCCAUUUGACUCCGGCGGAAGUCGAGCGAUCGUACGCCAUCGCCGUCGAGUCCAUGUCCCGGCUGAAUCGGUCCGGCGCGGAGCUGAUGCACAAAUUUGGCGCCCACGCGGCCACCGACGUGACCGGGUUCGGUCUGUUUGGGCACGCCGAGAAUCUGCUCAAGUUCCAGAAGGCCGACGUUGACUUCGAGCUCGACACGCUGCCCAUCAUUCGGAACGUGGUCAAAAUCGCGGAAAUCCUCGGUCGAACGCCGAAGUUGAUGGCCGGCAAGGCGGUCGAGACUUCCGGAGGGCUGCUGGUCAGUUUGCCGGCGGAGAAUGCGGAAAAGUUCUGCGCAGAGUACCGGACAGUGUCGGAGCAUGACGCGUGGAUCAUCGGGAAGGUCGUCUCCGGAAGUCGAGUGCUUAGAAUGAGUCCAAAUCCGACCGUUAUCAGUGUUGACUAAAAUUUGGAAGAAUUUCGUUUAAGUUUCGCUGCGCGCGCGUAUGUCCGGAAGCGUAUGAAGCUUAUUUUUAAAGGCUGAAAUGCUGGUAAAUUUGCGAAAGUUUCUUCUGGCAAAUGUGCGCGUGGCGGAACUUUGGCUUAAAAUUUUCCACCUGAUGAAGCAAUAAAUAUUUUUUGAGCAUUUUAAAAAA